ACAUUAUUUGUUACAGGCGGCUCCAUAACGGAGCAGCCUCAUGCAGCUCUCUCAUCCUCUGCUCACUUUCCCUUCCGGGUGCUGAUGUUGGUCUGCUGCUGCUGGCUGUCGCUGAAGGAGGAUGUUGCAUCCGCGUUGUCAUUGUCAUCUUCUGGGCGUAUUCAGCACCUCAUGCAAAUUCAUGCAAGUGACAGUGCAAGUGUCGCAGGAAUAUAAGAUGGGAGCUCCCUGCACCUUAUUGUCGGUAUCCGGAUUAUUCGGGUCAAUCCUGCAGCCUGACACAAUGAAUCUUAUUGUAAUAGCGUAGUAAUUGACAAUCCAAGAGCGUGUAGUGUGUGGCAGCAGUUAUUAGUAAACCGUACACCGUGUGGAGGUGAGGUAAGUGGAGACCGACAUGCUGCAAGGAUCAAACAUCUUGGGGCACGAGAGGCCUCUGGUCAUCAGGGUAUCAUUCACCAGCUGUCUUCUGGCUACUGUGUGUCUGCCUCUGCUUGGGCUGAUAACUUGUGUCUUCAUAUCUUCUGUUUUUCAUUUUGAGGACUCUACUGGCACACACUGUCAGGUUCCUAAUUACCUGCCGUCUAUCAGUGCUUCAAUAAGCCUCAGUCCUGAGUGCCACAUAUGGCGCUUCUGCAUCGGGCUGCACUCAGCACCGAGGUUCCUGAUGGCAUUUACCUACUUCAGAUUUUACAAGACACGUUUUGCCUCGAAGUUUCCUGAGAGUCCGCUCAGCUGCUUGAACCUGGCCUUUUCUCUCUUUGAGAACCUCGGCCUCUUGCUCCUCACAUAUGUAUCAUCCAGUGAAACAUACUUUGUACAUAAGGAAGGUUUUGUCCUCUUCAUCAUCAGUUCUAUCAUCUACAUGACGAUAACCUGCCGUUUAUGGAAGGCUAUUAAGAAGUAUUCACUAAGUCCUGAGGAUGCCAAAUCUCACCACUGGAAAGUGCGUUUCUUAGUUCUCAACGUAUCCUUCUGUGCUUUUGCCGGAUUCUUUUACUGGAAACACAACAUGUACUGUGAAUCAGGGAGUUACACACUUUUUGCCCUGUUUGAGUAUCUUGUGGUCUUCUCCAACAUGGCUUUCCAUCUCACAGCCAUAUGGGACUUUAAGAGCCGGGACAUCAUGGUCAUUUCGUCCUCUGAAGAUAAAGACUUCUGACUAGAAACUGAAAGACUGAGUGCAACAGCUCAGCCACCUGAUCAUAACAGCCUUGCUCCUGCUCAAGAGGAGGAGUGGGAUGAAGGACUUUUCCACAUAUUUCCAUGAUCACGGCUAUUGAGUCGCUAGAGGGUGUAAAUGUCAGACAAGUUUGAGGAAAAUAUAUCCACUUGUGUUGCAGUAUGGUCUGUGCAGUUAGCUGUAAGUGCAUUUUUAUUCAUGAUGCCUUCA